AUGAGUAUUCAUCCAUUCCUCAAGAUGGAGGGGGCCUCUAGGAGACAUUCGGCAGAAGACCCGAGCCAGACACACACCUAUCAAUGUUCGACUCAACCCCAAACCCCACCAUGUUCAACCUCAGGAAGCCCCAGGGUCAAGUUUGAGGGAGAAUUUGACGAAGGAGUUGAGGCCCUCAUUCGAACACAUGGACCAGUGAAAACCUGGACUCCAUUAUCUCCGCUCCCUGGACAUUCUCGCAACCCCAUGGCCCUUCAGCCUAUGAGAUCUAUUACACAACCACUGCCGCCUCGGUCUUUCCAAACAGUUGACCUUCCAAACGACUACCCGAUCUCAAGAAGAGGUACCAUCGGCGGUCAUAAUCGAUACUCGCUUGCAGUUGAUCAUCAACAGCAAUCUUCGCAGGGAAACUAUCGAAACCCAGACACGUCCUACGGCUAUGGCGCUUGCAGCCCAUCUCUUCAAGCACCAUCGAACACGCAUUGCUAUCCAAGUCCACCACCAGACGGUGAGGGUCGACACAUUAACCAGAAGUACACAACAGAGGAAGGUGACUACAUCAUCUACGCCUGGCAUGACAAGAAGAUGAAGUGGCAGCGCAUCAAGCAAGAAUUCGCAGCUCGAUUUGGCACUACUCCCGAACGUACAAUCCAAGGCCUCCAAGCGUGGUAUUACCGUAUGAACCAACGCAUACCUGUUUGGGAUCAGGAAGGCUGGCUCUGCUUCGAUAACGAAGAUGACCUUGAACCUCAGCAUGUCAGCAUCAAGGUCCGUGAAAGGGAUAACCAGGACAAACCCAUGGAGCCGCUGGGCAUAGCUCAGCGAUACCCCGAACGUGCUAUUCACUAUUCGUGGGUCGAUGCUGAGACUAAGUUCAAGGCCCAAGACUGGGGCACCUGCCAAAAGAGCUUUGCAAUAUCGCGACAGGAGAGAGAGACGUAG